AUGCUUCUUGUGCUUGUGGAGUUUGUCGACAACUCAAGUCAGAAAUGCAUACACCUUUUUUCUAUUCAUUUCUCUAUUCAUUCAAAGAAAAUCUUUCUUUCUUUCUUUCCCCUUUCUUCCUUCCUUCCUUUCUUUCUUUCUUCCUUUCUUUCUUUCUGUGCCGUUUUCAUUCUACUUCGAUAUUCUUUCUUUUCCGUUUUCAUUACCUUCAAAGUUCUUUCUUCCUUUUUUUCUUUUUGUCUGUCUGUCUCUUUUUUCCCAUUUUUCAUUCUACUUCGAUAUUCUUUCUUUCUUUCUUUCUUUCUUUCUUUCUUUCUUUCUUUCUUUCUUUUCAACCAAUACCUAUUUCCUUCACUUUCAUUAUUCUUUCUUUCUUUCUUUCUUUCUUUCUUUCUUUCUUUCUUUCUUUCUUUUCUAUUUUUUAUUCUUCUUGAAAAAUUCUUUCUUUCUUUUCAUCUCAUCUUUUUUCAUUUUCAUUCACCUUCAAUAUUCUUUCUUUCAUUCUUUCUUUCUUUCUUUCUUUCUUUCUUUCUUUCUUUUUUCUUUCUUUCUGUCCCUGUUCCCCAUUUUCAAUCUACUGCGAUAUUCUUUCUUCCUUUUUUCAUCCCAUCCUUCUCCUUUUUCAAUAAACUUCAAUAUUCUUUGCUUCUUCUUUCCUUUCAUUCAUUCAUUCAUUCAUUCAUUCAUUCUUUUUUUUUUCUUGUUUGCUUGCUUUCUGUCCUUUCCAUUUUUUUUCAUUCUACUUCCAUAAUCUUUCUUUCUUCUUUUCAUCUCAUCCCUAAAUAUUCUUUCUUUCUUUCUUUUUUUCUUUCUUUCUUUUCUUCUUUCUUUCUUUCUUUCUUUCUUUCUUUCUUUCUUUCUUUCUUUCUUUCUUCACGCUACACUUCUUUCUCUUCUAUGUUAUUCUUUCUUCUUUUCAUUUCUCUUUCAUGUCGUCCGACAUUAUUUCAUCAUUCUCGCAUCUUAUUUCAUUUUCAAUUCUACUCUGGGGAGAAACAGAUGUCUGAUUGA